CUCACUCACACCUCUAGGAGUUGUAGCAGCCAUCAACCUCCUUUGUCUAACCAGAGCAGACACUUGUCCUCUUAGAUCAUCCACCAGUCCUUCUCCCCCUUUUGGUUUCCGUUUUAGGAAGAGGAAUGGACGACUAUUUCUCAUCAGUCCUGCCAAUCUUACUGCUAUUAAUGGAACAAGGAUUCAAAUUUGAUCCAUCCGAUGAAGAAUUAAUAAGGAAGUAUCUGGUGCCGAAAACCCGUGGUGAUAUCAUGAGAGGCUUGCCCAUGGCAGUCGUUAACCUAUGCGAGCAUGAGCCAUGGGAUCUACCUGGUAAAUCCAUUAUAAAGUUAACCGGUCAAGUAGCGUGGUAUUUCUUAUGCCCUCGCGAUCUUAGGGGCAAAGUUCACCGCAGAAAAACCAAGGCCGGAUACUGGAAACCGACCAGCCAGCAAAAGUCAAUAACGGCUGAGCAUACUAAUAAAAAGAUUGGGGUAGUGAGGACUUUGAGAUUCUAUGAAAAACAAGUGAGGACUGGUUGGAUGAUAUACGAAUUUGACCUCAUCGCCGAAUCUAGCCAGUUUAAAAAGGGGCAAUUUGUUCUCUGUAAACUGGAGUUUGAUUCAAAAGGAGAGAAGAGCAAGAAAGGUGAACAAAGCCACCAUAUAGCUCCAGUCUCCCAUUCUGAAGUUGAACCAAGUCAGAGUAUGGAUUCUGAUUCUGAAAAUAUAAACCCAAGUGAGAUGGCUAUGAGAUAUUCACCUUGUGAUGAAAGUGAAUUAAGCCAUCAUGCGGGUUCCCAUUUUGGAAAUCAAAAUCCAAGUGAGCUGAUGAAUAAUUCAGCUCGCCAACUUAGUGAGUUAAGCCACCAUAUGGCUUCUGAUUCUGAAAAUAACCUAAUGCCUAAUUUAGUUUAUGAUGGAAGUGGGUCAAGCCACUCCACGGUUUUUAAUUGUGAAGAUCUUUACUGGAAUCAGCCUACAGUUGAUUCAGCUUAUAAUGGAAGCGAAAGCCUUUACAUGGCUUUCGAUUCUGAAAAUCAAAACCCAAAUGAGCUCCCGACAGUUGAUAAUUCAGCUUCUAAUGUCAGCAAAAACCAUGGCAUGGCUUUUGGUUUGGCAAAUCAUAACCCGAAUGUAUCGCUGACAGUUGAUAAUUCAACUUCUAAUGUCAGUGAAAGUCAUCAUAUGGCUUUAGUUUUGGAAAAUCAAAAUCUAAACAAUAGCAUUUCUAUAUUAACUUGUGAGAAUUCUUUAAUGGCUUCUCGUGGUUUGGAAAAUCAAGAACCAUUCUUUCCACCUUGUAGUCUUAUAAACCAGUCAACGUAUGAUAAGAGUGAAUCAAGUAGCCUAAUGGAUUUUGAUUUUGAAAAUCAAAAUCUAGUAAAGGAAUUCGAUAUAUCAGCCUUCUGUGAAGGUGUAUGGAGUAAUACCACAGCAACUCCUCCGGAUUUUGGAAAUCAAAAUCCUUGUAAGAAGACUGAUAUGUCAACCCUUGAAGAAGGUUAUUCGAGUUACUUUAACUCCUCUUCUUCAGAUAAUGAUCUAGCUGAUGUGGCGCUUCCAGAGCAGGUAAGCCCUGGACUACAAGCAGAGAUAGAAGGGUGUUUCGAGCAAGAAAACAUCCCCAACCCUGCACUUGUCCAGCUUCCUGCGUACAUGGAGGAAAGCCACUCCUUCAGGGGCUUUGGUACCUUGGAAAAUCAAGAACCAUUCUUUUCACCUCGUAGUUUUAUAAACCAGUCAACGUAUGAUAAGAGUGAAUCAAGUAGCCUAAUGAACUUUGAUUUUGGAAAUCAAAAUCUAGUAAAGGAAUUCGAUAUAUCAGCCUUCGGUGAAGGUGUAUGGAGUAAUACCACAGCAACUCCUCCGGAUUUUGGAAAUCAAAAUCCUUGUAAGAAGACUGAUAUGUCAACCCUUGAAGAAGGUUAUUCGAGUUACUUUAACUCCUCUUCUUCAGAUAAUGAUCUAGCUGAUGUGGCGCUUCCAGAGCAGGUAAGCCCUGGACCACAAGCAGAGAUAGAAGGGUGUUUCGAGCAAGAAAACAUCCCCAACCCUGCACUUGUCCAGCUUCCUGCGUGCAUGGAGGAAAGCCACUCCUUCAGGGGCUUUGGUACCUUGGAAAAUCAAGAACCAUUCUUUCCAUCUUGUAGUUUUAUAAACCAGUCAACGUAUGAUAAGAGUGAAUCAAGUAGCCUAAUGAACUUUGAUUUUGGAAAUCAAAAUCUAGUAAAGGAAUUCGAUAUAUCAGCCUUCGGUGAAGGUGUAUGGAGUAAUACCACAGCAACUCCUCCGGAUUUUGGAAAUCAAAAUCCUUGUAAGAAGACUGAUAUGUCAACCCCUGAAGAAGGUUAUUCGAGUUACUUUAACUCCUCUUCUUCAGAUAAUGAUCUAGCUGAUGUGGCGCAUCCAGAGCAGGUAAGCCCUGGACUACAAGCAGAGAUAGAAGGGUGUUUCGAGCAAGAAAACAUCCCCAACCCUGCACUUGUCCAGCUUCCUGCGUACAUGGAGGAAAGCCACUCCUUCAGGGGCUUUGGUACCUUGGAAAAUCAAGAACCAUUCUUUCCACCUUGUAGUUUUAUAAACCAGUCAACGUAUGAUAAGAGUGAAUCAAGUAGCCUAAUGAACUUUGAUUUUGGAAAUCAAAAUCUAGUAAAGGAAUUCGAUAUAUCAGCCUUCGGUGAAGGUGUAUGGAGUAAUACCACAGCAACUCCUCCGGAUUUUGGAAAUCAAAAUCCUUGUAAGAAGUCUGAUAUGUCAACCCUUGAAGAAGGUUAUUCGAGUUACUUUAACUCCUCUUCUUCAGAUAAUGAUCUAGCUGAUGUGGCGCUUCCAGAGCAGGUAAGCCCUGGACCACAAGCAGAGAUAGAAGGGUGUUUCGAGCAAGAAAACAUCCCCAACCCUACACUUGUCCAGCUUCCUUUUCUGGGGUUCGAGUAGCCCCAAAGCUUAUUCUUACUUUUCAUGCGCUUUGGUACCUUGGUAUCUAAUUGAAAAGAUCUGUUCUCUGGUUCGUAUCUGCUAUUUAACAACAAAACUAUCCAUACGAAAUAAUCGAUGGAGUUUAUUAUAAAUGGUUUAAGAGGGCAACUACUGAUGCUCCUCUAAUCUGAUAAUGAGGGUAACUUUUGUCGCUCUAGUUGUUUGGAUCCUUGCACGGUUGCUGAUCUGCACAUUUUGCUUACUUUAUGGUGGACGCUGCUUAGUUCGACUUCGUCCAGUCCAUGCAGCUUUAAGCUGCAAUCCUCUAAAAUAUAGCCUGCGCUGUCCUAAAUCUGCAGCUAUAUUCGUAGAAAGAUUUGAGUACUAGUAGCAGAAGACACGACUUGUUCUCUGCGAUCCUGAUGCAACUGCUAUCCGUCAAGUACUAAGAUAUUAAAUGGGAAGUACUAUUCAAGCUGUACGCACGUAUGUAUAGUUACUUGCUUAUUAUUGUUGUGUUGUAUGAAGGUGGAAUUGUGUCAAGAGCGAAUAGCUCUUAUGGACUAUGUAUCUACGUGUCAGUGUGUUUGAAAGAUGUUGAACUAAAGUACUUAUGUUUAAUUAAUUUGUUCAAGUUCUCUUUUCUUAA